UACCGCGAUACAUAUUCGAAUCCGACUGAAUAUACAUCGCUAUUUGGUGGCUAAACAAUAUUCUUUUUUUUGACAAUUCGCCUUUUUUCGUGGCCGCGUACGUUUUUAUAGGCUGUGUGUUGCAACAGCAGAAAGUAAUAAAAGCUCGGCUCGCAUGCAAUUUUCAUUAGUGGGAAAAUUGUUUGAUAUUUAAGAGACACCCGAGGAAUAAACCGAAUCAACGGCAGACACAUUCCAAAAUAAAUUAAUAAUAGAAAAAGAAAACUAAAAACAAAAACAAAAACGAAACAACACUCGAGGGGGCGAGCGGAGAGUCAAACGACGAAAAUGUGGCGGCAGUCAACGAUGCUGGCCGCGUUAUUAGUGGCCCUGUUAGCGGGCAGUGUAGAAUGCAAAGGCAACACCCCACCAAGAAUCACAAAACAACCGACACCCGGGGAAUUGCUCUUCAAAGUAGCGCAACAAAACAAGGAGAGUGACAAUCCAUUCAUUAUCGAAUGCGAAGCUGAUGGACAGCCCGAACCAGAAUAUAGUUGGAUCAAGAACGGCAAAAAGUUCGACUGGCAGGCCUACGACAACCGAAUGCUGCGGCAGCCUGGCCGUGGAACCCUGGUGAUCACUAUACCCAAGGACGAGGAUCGCGGCCACUACCAGUGCUUCGCGUCCAACGAGUUCGGAACGGCCACCUCGAACUCAGUGUAUGUGCGCAAGGCGGAGCUGAAUGCCUUCAAGGAUGAGCCGGCCAAGACCCUAGAGGCCGUGGAGGGUGAGCCCUUCAUGCUAAAGUGUGCCGCUCCGGACGGUUUCCCCAGUCCCACGGUCAACUGGAUGAUUCAAGAGUCCAUCGAUGGCAGCAUAAAGUCGAUCAACAACUCCCGCAUGACCUUGGAUCCCGAGGGCAAUCUCUGGUUCUCGAACGUGACCCGUGAGGAUACCAGUUUGGACUUCUAUUAUGCCUGCUCGGCCACCUCGGUCUUCCGCAGCGAGUACAAGAUCGGCAACAAGGUGCUCCUCGAUGUCAAGCCGAUGGGCGUGAGUGCCUCCCAGAACAAGCAUCAGCCCAUCCGGCAGUAUGUGUCCCGUCGCCAGUCUUUGGCGCUGCGUGGCAAGCGAAUGGAACUGUUUUGCAUCUACGGUGGAACCCCGCUGCCGCAGACCGUGUGGAGCAAGGAUGGCCAGCGGAUACAGUGGAGCGAUCGCAUCACGCAAGGCCACUACGGCAAAUCGCUGAUCAUACGGCAAACGAACUUCGACGAUGCCGGAACGUAUACCUGCGACGUGUCCAAUGGCGUUGGCAAUGCCCAGUCCUUCUCCAUCAUUCUGAACGUCAACUCGGUGCCGUACUUCACCAAAGAGCCCGAAUUCAACACCGCCGCCGAGGACGAGGAGGUGGUCUUCGAGUGUCGGGCUGCCGGUGUGCCAGAGCCCAAGAUCAGUUGGAUACACAAUGGCAAGCCGAUCGAACAGAGUACGCCCAAUCCCCGGCGAACGGUCACGGACAACACGAUCAGGAUCGUUAAUCUGGUCAAGGGGGAUACCGGCAACUACGGUUGCAACGCCACCAAUUCCCUGGGCUACGUGUACAAGGAUGUCUAUCUGAAUGUCCAGGCCGAGCCGCCAACGAUCAAUGUGCCUCCCUCGGAUGUGUCCAGUGUGGAUGGCCGCAACAUCACCAUCAAGUGCCGUGUGUCGGGUUCGCCCAAGCCGCUGGUCAAGUGGUUGAGAGCCAGCAAUUGGCUGACCGGAGGUCGCUACAAUGUCCUGGCCAAUGGUGAUCUGGAGAUUCAGGACGUAACCUUCUCGGAUGCCGGCCAGUAUACGUGCUAUGCGCAGAAUAAGUUCGGCGAGGCACAGGCCGAUGGCUCGUUGGAGGUCAAGGAGCACACCAGGAUCACCCAGGAGCCGCAGAACUAUGAGGUGGCCGCCGGACAAUCGGCCACAUUCCGCUGCAACGAGGCCCACGACGAUACGCUGGAGAUCGAGAUCGAUUGGUGGAAGGAUGGACAGUCGAUUGACUUCGAGGCGCAGCCGCGAUUCGUGAAGACCAACGACAAUUCGUUGACAAUUGCCAAGACCAUGGAACUGGAUUCGGGCGAGUAUACGUGCGUGGCCAGGACGCGAUUGGAUGAGGCCACGGCCAGGGCCAAUUUGAUUGUGCAGGAUGUGCCGAAUGCGCCCAAACUCACGGGCAUCACCUGUCAGGCCGACAAGGCGGAGAUCCAGUGGGAGCCGCAGGGAGACAAUCGCUCGCCCAUCCUCCACUACACCAUUCAGUUCAACACCUCCUUCACGCCCGCCUCCUGGGACGCCGCCUACGAGAAGGUGCCCAACACGGACUCCUCGUUCGUGCUGCAGAUGUCGCCGUGGGCGAACUACACGUUCCGUGUGAUCGCCUUCAACAAGAUCGGCGCCUCGCCGCCGUCGCCGCACAGCGAUAGUUGCACCACCCAGCCGGAAGUGCCGUCCAAGAAUCCCGACAAUGUCGUCGGCCAGGGCACCGAGCCCAACAACCUGGUCAUCUCGUGGACUCCCAUGCCGGAGAUCGAGCACAAUGCCCCCAAUUUCCACUAUUAUGUGAGCUGGAAACGCGACAUCCCGGCUGCCGCCUGGGAAAACAGUAACAUAUACGACUGGCGGCAGAACAACAUUGUGAUCUCCGAUCAGCCGACGUUCGUCAAGUACCAGAUCAAGGUGGUGGCCAUCAACGACAAGGGCGAGUCCAAUACGGCUGCCCAGAUAAUUGAGGGCUACUCCGGUGAGGAUCGUCCGCUGGACGCUCCCACCAACUUCACGAUGAGACAGAUCACCUCGUCGACCAGUGGCUAUAUGGCCUGGACGCCGGUGAGCGAGGAGUCGGUGCGGGGACACUUCAAGGGCUACAAGAUCCAGACCUGGACGGAGAACGAGGGCGAGGAGGGUCUGCGGGAGAUUCAUGUGAAGGGGGAUGCCCACAAUGCCCUGGUCAGCCAGUUUAAGCCCGAUUCGAAGAACUUUGCCCGCAUUUUGGCCUACAACGGACGCUUCAAUGGACCGCCCAGUGCCGUCAUCGACUUCGACACCCCAGAGGGUGUGCCGUCGCCGGUUCAGUCACUGGACGCCUAUCCCCUCGGCUCGUCGGCCUUCAUGCUCCACUGGAAGAAGCCGCUGUAUCCCAAUGGCAAGCUCACCGGCUACAAGAUCUACUACGAGGAGGUUAAUGAGAGCUAUGUGGGCAAGCGACGCGAACACGAUCCGCACAUCACCGAUCCCCGGAUCACGCGUAUGAAGAUGGCUGGUCUGAAGCCCAACACCAAGUAUCGCAUUUCCAUCACGGCCACCACGAAAAUGGGCGAGGGAUCUGAGCUCUACAUCGAGAAGAACACGCUCAAAGACGCUAUCAAUGUGGCCCCGGCCACGCCCUCUUUCUCCUGGGAACAACUGCCGUCCGACAAUGGACUGGCCAAAUUCCGCAUCAACUGGCAACCAAGUUCCGAAGGUCACCCAGGCACACACUUCUUCACCAUGCACAGGAUCAAGGGCGAAACCCAAUGGAUACGGGAGAAUCAGGAAAAGAAUUUGGACUACCAGGAAGUGGGCGGCUUGGAUCCGGAGACAGUCUACGAGUUCCGCGUGGUCUCCGUGGAUGGGCACUUCUACACGGAGAGUGCCACGCAGGAGAUCGACUCUAACAGCGUGGAGGGACCGAUAAUGGUGGCGAACAAGACGGUGGCCAAUGCAGGUUGGUUUAUCGGCAUGAUGCUGGCCCUGGCCUUCAUCAUCCUGCUAUUCAUCAUCAUCUGCAUCAUCCGACGCAAUCGGGGCGGCAAGUACGAUGUCCACGAUCGGGAGCUGGCCAACGGCCGGCGGGAUUAUCCCGAAGAAGGUGGUUUCCACGAGUACUCGCAACCGUUGGAUAACAAGAGCGCUGGUCGCCAAUCCGUGAGUUCAGCGAACAAACCCGGCGUGGAAAGCGAUACCGAUUCGAUGGCCGAAUACGGCGAUGGCGACACAGGACAAUUCACUGAGGACGGCUCCUUCAUCGGUCAGUAUGUUCCUGGAAAGCUUCAGCCGCCGGUUAGUCCACAGCCCCUGAACAAUUCCGCUGCGGCGCAUCAGGCGGCGCCAACCGCUGGAGGAUCGGGAAGCGGAUCGGCAGCGGCCGGAGCAUCGGGAUCAGCGUCCGCCGGAGCUGCAGCCGGAGGAGCCUCUGCCAGCAAUGGAGGAGCUGCAGCCGGAGCCGUGGCCACCUACGUCUAAGAGGCGUGGCUGGGAUUCAUUUGCCCCUUGUUCUCCUGGUUUUCUUCAAACGAUUUAAAUGCCCCUUAAACCAAAUACUUUGUGUAAUUCUAUGUGUAAAACGAAAACUGCUUUAAGUGUCUGCAAAAAAAAGAAACAAAAUUAUAAAUAACAAAAAAGAAAAAACAUAAAACCAAAAGAAAACAAUUGUAAAGUGAUGGAAAUCUCGCAUGAAUUUAAAGCAUAUAAUUUUGCUUCUUUUGGCUUAUAAAUUUAUUAUAGCAAACAGUAAAACGCCUUUUCAAAAACAAAAA